AUGCUCUUGCUCCGUGCUCCUUUCUCUUCCGAUCACUUCUUCGAUGAUCUUCCCUUCCAACUGCCGUACUGGAGGGAUGCCGAUCAUAAUUCGUUCAAUUUUUCGGAUACUCUCGGAGAGGUGAGUCCCUUUCCCCUCCAUUUCAUUCCCCAAUUCAUUCAUUUUCAGCUCGUCAAUGACGCCUCCAAAUUCUCUGUGCAAAUGGACGUUUCCCACUUCAAACCGGAAGAAGUGAAGAUCGAAUUGAACGGAAGAGAACUCAAAAUCGAAGGGGAACAGGAGACGGAAUCAGAACACGGAUACUCGAAGCGAUCCUUCUCCAAAAUGAUUCUUCUGCCGGAGGACACCGAUUUGACCGCUCUCAAGUCGGCCAUUUCGAAUGACGGAAACUGCAAAUCGAGGCGCCGAAGAAGACGAACUCUUCACGUUCCAUUCCAAUCACCUUCGUUGACAAGCACUAAGCUGCUGUUUCCACAGUCCCAUUGUAUCUAA